AAAAACUUAUCUUAUUGAAAGUAGUUGCAAAUUUCAAUUAUUGUACGCAAGCAUAACCUGCAUAUUCUUUCAUACCAUGAAGGGCAUGAACCAAGACAAACUUUGUUUGAAAAACCAAAAAACAAAUCAAGACUAACAAAAGUUGUUUAGAGCUUGUUUCAAAGAAAAGUUGUUUAGAGCUUUAAUUAGGCAGUCAAAGAAAAGCUGCAAUCAACGAGAAACAGCAUCAAGUAGAAUGGAGAAGCAAAACAGCAAGCUGGGUUGCAGAGUAAUACUCCUUCCCCAUCCAUAUGUAGGCCACACAACUCCAAUGUUCAAUUUAGGAAAUGCACUUUAUUCUAAAGGAUUUUCCAUCGAUAUCAUCCAAACUCGUCUCAACUCUUAUGAACAAACUGCAUUUCCUAACUUCACCUUCCACUACAUGGAAGGAGGACAGUGGAGUCUUGAAACGCUGGUUUCCUCAUUUGAUCCUUGGGAGGCAGUAACUUUACUGAAUAAGAGCUUUUCAGCGCCUUUUCGAGAAUCCUUAGCCCAGGUCUUGGAGGCUGCUACCAAGGACCCAGAGCCAGUUGCCUGUCUGAUAUCAGACCCAAUCUGGGAUUUCGCAGGAACAGUUGCUGAUGAAUUUUACCUUCCAAGACUAGCUCUAAGAACUGGUGGCUUACUUGCUUUUGCUCUGUAUGAAUCACUGCCACUUCUACGGCAAAAAGGCUACUUCUCCCUCCAAGAGGGUGAAAAAGAAGCAGCUGUGUUGGAGUUUCCACCCCUCAAAGUGAAAGACCUACCAUCAGAUGCAAAUCAUGAUGCAAUUGCUGCUGUGGUUAAAGAAGCCAAGAGUUAUCAUCUGGGAUUUAUUUGUAAUACAUUCAAGGAGCUAGAAGGGUCUUUAUUAGACCAAUUUGGCAGAAGUGCUCCCGGUAUUCCCGUCUUUCCGGUAGGCCCACUGCACAUAUACCCCUCAACUUGUAUGGGUGAAAAACACAAUGAAGACCACAGCUCCAUCACCUGGCUAAACACACAGGCACCAAAUUCUGUAUUAUAUCUGUGUUUUGGGACUAUUGCAGCUAUAAGCAAGGAUCAGUUUGAAGAGAUAGCUUGGGGGCUUGCCAACAGCAAACAGCCGUUCUUGUGGGUGGUCCGACCCAGGAUGAUUAAUGGCUCAGACACGGAUGAUGACAUAUUACCUGAAAAUUUUCUCGAGGCUGUGAGUGGGAGAGGCUAUAUUGUGACCUGGGCAUCACAGUUGGAGGUUUUGGCCCAUCCAAGUGUUGGAGGAUUUUGGACUCACAGUGGUUGGAAUUCAACUAUUGAGAGCAUUUCCAAAGGAGUACCCAUGAUUUGCUUUCCAUUUUUUGGGGAUCAGAAGAUGAAUACUAGACAUGUCAGUGAUAUCUUGAGGAUCGGGUUGUAUUUGGAGAAAGGGCUAGAGAGACAGGAAAUAGAGAGCGCGAUCAGAAGACUGAUGUUGGAAAAAGAAGGCAACGAGAUGAGAGAAAGGAUAACAGCUUUGAAAGAGAAAGCACAUAGUUGUCUCAUGGAAGGAGGGUCUUCAUGUGAAGCUUUGGAUCAGUUAACUAAUCACAUUAUAUCAUUUCGUGGUACUGAAAGACCAAGGAUAUGAAAUCAAGUAAUACCAUAGAAUCAAUUGAGUCACAAAGUAUUACUUUUACUCUACAAGGUGAAUAACAGAGGCCUCUAUCUUAUUCAAACUCUUUUUUUUUACUAUUAUUAUUCUUGGAUGUAUUUAGACAUUUAUGGCUGUAACUUGGACUAAUUUUUUUUCAGUUAGAAGUAAACACGAUUGUGAUGCUGAUAAAAAAAUUACCACCCCUCUUUUAAAUAAAAUAAAUAAAUAAAUAAAUAAUCAAUUUUAAUUCCCUUUCCUCUCU